AUGACUCAGGUGCCUGCUGACUACCUGUCAACCACCAGCUCCUACAACUAUGACCCGCCCCUCCCCGCCGUGGCUCGGGCCAGCACCCUCUCCAGGAUCCCCCCGGCCAAAAAAAUAACCUUCUUCAAGAGCGGGGACCCUCAGUUUGCAGGGGUCAAGAUGGCCAUCAACCAGCGGAGCUUCAAGAGCUUCCACGCGCUCAUGGACGACCUCUCCCACCGCGUCCCGCUGCCCUUCGGGGUCCGCACCAUCACCACCCCACGAGGAAUACACUGCAUCAGCGAGCUGGACCAGCUGGAGGAUGGAGGCUGCUACCUGUGCUCCGACAAGAAGUACGUGAAGCCCAUCAGCAUCGCCUCCGGGGGACACCGGCCGGCACCGCCGCGCAAUGGUCGCCCCUCCAGCACCGCGAGGAGGCCGGCCCAGGAGGGCAAGCUGGAAGAUUACCCCACACCUUUCACUCACCAAGGGCCCAGAAUACCCAAGAAGAUCACUCUGGUUAAGAACGGGGAGAGCGGGUUUCGGCGCUCCAUCAUCCUGAACCGCAGGAAUGCGCGGAGUUUCAGAACGCUCCUGGAUGAGAUCACGGAGAUCCUGCAGUUCCCGGUGAAGAAGCUCUACACUGUGGAUGGGAAGAAGAUCGACAGCAUGCAGGCCCUGCUCCACUGCCCCAGCGUGCUGGUGUGUGUCGGCCGCGAGCCCUUCAAGCCUGUAUCCAUGGAGAAUCUGAGGAAGCACUCGGUGGAGAAGCUGCCCAACCUGCCUCCCCGCUCCAACAAUGGCAACAAUGUCAACGAGAACAAUGAAAUGAACUUCGGACUGAAAGCCAAAAAAAGCGUUAUCCACCCGCGGUCAGCAUCCAGUAACAGGUCGAUGAGAUUUUCCUUGUCAUCAGAGAAGUCAUACCCCAAUGGCCUCGCGGCCUCUCCGGACAACGGGGCACCCUUCUCCAACGGCUGCUCUCAUCCAAAAGGUGGGGACCUGGUCCAGUCCUUGGUCAACGACGACAUCGAGAAGCGGGUCCACGUGAACAAGGACGGGAGCUUGUCCGUGGAGAUGAAGGUUCGCUUCCGCCUGCUCAAUGAUGAGACUUUGCAGUGGUCCACCCAGAUCAAGAAGUCCAACCUGAUGAACCAGCUGCCUUGUGAAGAGUCAGGAAUGGAGGAGGACAGCGGAGUAGAUCCCCUACAGAAAAUGAACCCAGAAGCCAGCUCGGAGGCAGAUGAUUCCUUAUAUCCCUGUGAUAUCGAUUCCUACAUGUCCAAACUUGAGGAAUCGGAGUGUGACGAGGCCCACUGUCACAGCUGUGGGAAGAAACACCAGGACUAUGACAUCUGGAAGAACCCCAUGCACAUGUCCCAGAGGGAAGAGCCCAAUGUGAGAAGCACCUGGCACACGCGGUCGUCGUGCUCCAGCACGUCUUCCCGGAGGAGAGUAGUCCACAAAAAAAUGACGUCUGUGGAUAGCGUCCACACCACAUCCAGUGAGGAAUUCUCUGAGCACAUUGUGAGAGAGUCCUCAUCCUACUCAGAGACUAUAAAGAACAGAGUGGCGUAUCGAUCUGUCAAAAAGUGUAUGUGCAGAAGUGAUUUAUCUACCGGCGCUUCUAAUGGAGAGGAACAGCAGGAAUACACUCAGACAAGCACAGGGAACAGCCAGAGGCGUUCGUGCUUGGGCUUGAUGUCACAUUCGAGCUGUGAAAACAACCUGGAUACCCAAGACAGCCCUGAAGACCAGGAGAUCACCAAAAUCAUUUCACAAAACGAGGAUGCAAAUUGUUUCGAAGCUUCCUCCGUGAAGUGCUUGAAGGAUGAUGUGGAAGAGGUUGAAAGCAGCAGAGUUGGGAGUGUCAUGUCCAGGUCAUCCCUGCAGUCCAGGCAGAGCAAGAAGAACGUGUGUGAGGAAACAAGCAGCGUGGGCAGGAGCUUGUCCUCCUCAAGCCUUCAGAAGGCAAAUCAGGGAGACAACAGUCAGUGCUCCACCCCUGCCAACAGCGUGCACAGCAAGUCCAGCGUCUGCACCUCACCAAAAGAAAAGACUGAGCAGGGUGACCCCUCUGAUGACAACCCAGUGGUGUCCUCUUUCUCCAGUGAGUCCUGCCCAAAGAAAGAGGCUGAAGAUGUGGAAGCAGAGCAGGAGGAAAGUGAAGUCAAUGAAGUCAGCUCAGUGUCAGCAAAAACAAAGCCAAGCCAGUCAGUCAGGGGGAAGCCAAAGAGAAAAAAUCUGCGUUCAACCAUGUUGAAGAAUUCCUCCAUCAGCAGCAUCGGCACCGAGUCCGUGCUGACCGCAGGAAAAGAGCAGAAAGAAAUCGUGGAUUCCUCGAAAGCAACUUCCUAUGGCUCUAAAUCCGCUGCAACCAAAGAAAAUGGUCAGAAUAAUGAAGAGGCUGAUGACACCUGCAACAAAAAACCAGAGGAAGAGGUAGAAGACACAGGCGUUCAGGAGGAAGGAGGUGAUUUAAUGCCUUCAGCUCUACCAAAUACGUCUCCAGAAGAGGUUGUGCAAGAAUGGCUCAGGAAAAUCCCUUCAGAAACAUUGCUUAUGAAAUAUGAAAUGGAGGAUGGUGGAGAAGAGGAAUGUGCAGAGUCAACCACUGAGAAUGAGGAGGAGGAGGAGGCUGAAAAGGACGAAGCAAAGGAUGAACUGGAAGAAGAGAAAGCAGAAGACACAGCCAUUAUUGAAGAGGCUGAAGAAUGCAUGAACCAGGAAAAAAUCUCUGAGGUCAUACCCGAAGCUGCCGAAGCUGAGCAGGAAGAAUGCAACAAGUCAGUCACAUCCAACCAAAAUAACAACAAGAAAGACCUGCCAACCUCUGUGCAGACAUCUGUCCAGAUCAUGAAGGCCUUGCUCAGUUCAAAGCACGAGACCAAAUUUGACCGAUCAAACAGUUUGCCCGAAGUGUCUCCCACAAUGGGGAGAAAACUGAGUAACUCCGCCAACAUUUUGAUUUCUUGUCUUGCCAGCCUCCAACUCCUUGAUGAAGAGUCAGAGGAUCCAUCAGAAAACUCAAAACAUUUGAAUAAAUCAAGGUACACGGAGCUGCUAAAUAUUUUUCAAGCCCUGUGGUUUGGGUGCACCGCUGAAAGGAGCGGCUCAAGCUCAGGCCAAGAGGCAAGCAAGCUGGCAAAGCCAGUGUCUGGGUCUAAAGCCCCCAAAUCCAUGGAUCACACCUUCACUCCCAGGUCCUCCUCUGGGGUUGAUGUUUGCAGUGGCUCUGGUGGCUCAGGAGAAGAGUGCACAGCUGGUGCCACGCUGGUGGCACAGAAAACCAUGGAAUGCAAAUCAGCCGAGCAAAUGGAAGACAAUGAGACUGGCACAGAACUGACUGAGGCUGAGGAGCAAAGUAAAGGGGAAGAGCGGCCAUCCCGCCCUUCCACAGCCUGCUCUGAGGCAAAAGGUGAGGAAAAAACAGAGUCUGCUAGAGAGGAGUCUGUAAUCCAGGAGGAAGAAGAGAACAAGGAGGAUCAGGGCAGCAACUGUGAGCAUGGCCAGGAGGAAGGGGGAGAAAAUGAAAAUGAAGAAAACAAACUAGCUGAAACUGGAGAACAGGAAGAAGCUGAAGCUGUGAAUGAUGAAGUCCCACAAGAAAACCAUGAAGAGGAAGCUGAUCAGCCAGAGACCACUGGCGAUGCCAAUGUUGGAGGUGCUGAUGUCAGGACAGAACUGAAAGAUGAGUUGCAAGAGGAGCCUCAAGAAGAGUCUCCAAAUGACCCCGAGCCCAAAGUCAAUACAUCCACCAGUGUGGGCACAUCCCUUGUCCAGCAAAGGUCCAUGGAUCCAGACCCAACCUGGGUCCUGAGACUACUCAAGAAAAUCGAGAAGGAGUUCAUGGCUCACUAUGUCAAUGCCAUGAACGAGUUUAAAGUCAGGUGGAACCUGCAGGACAACCAGCAGAUGGACGCAAUGAUACUGGAGCUGAAGGAGGAGGUGAGCAAAAGGAUACAAAAGAGCAUAGAGAAGGAGUUGAGGAAGAUCAAAAGCAGGGCUGGAAGGAGGAUGCCGAGACCUCCAGAGGAGCCACCCACACGAGAGUCCAAACUCCAAACUGAGCAGAGGAGAUGGAGACUGCAAACUAUGCAUAAACAAUCCCUGUUUGGGGACAAGAACGGUGCCCAAAUGAGGCUGGAGGAGACGUCAGACUUGUCAUUUGAUGCAGAUAAUGACUUCAACCUUAGUGCAGCUUUGGAGGACAGCAUUAGCAAACAAUCCAGUGAGGAGGAAUAUUGUCCAUGUGACUCCUGCGUGAGGAAAAAACUGGCUUCCAGGCCUGCCAGAGCCCCUGUGGUGGCCACCAAUGCCCCAGUGAUGAAAGCCUUUGAUUUGCAGAAAAUCCUGAGGCUGAAGAAAGAUAACGAUGAGGAAGCCAUUGUCGCAGAAGCAGCCCAGGACACCAAAACACUUCCCAAUGGUCUUGUGGAGGAAGAGGCAGAAAACGAGGAGAUGGAUGAGGGGCAGCCUCAGGCAGGUGAAACAGAAGCGAACGAUGAUGAAGGAAAAGAGCCAGAAUUAAAUGAAGAUGAUGAUGCAACAUUGAAUGGAGACGGAGAAGAACCUGAAGUAGCAGAGAGUCAAAACACUGAGGUGGAGGAUGAGGCCAAAACUGAAGAAACCAAAGAAGAAGCAGAAGAAGCAGAAGAAGGAGGGGAAGAAGCAAAAGAAGAAGAAGAGGAAGCAAAAGAGGAGGAGGAAGAGAAAGAGGAAGAAGAAAUGGCAAAGGCUGAAGAAGAGGAAGAAAUUAAAGAAGAGAAGGAGGAUGAAACUAAAGAAGAUGAGGAAGUAAAAGAGGAAGAAGCAGAGGAAACUAAGGAGGAAGAGGAACUAAAUGAGGAGGAAGAGAAGGAAGUGGAAGAAGAGGGAGUGAAGGAGGAGGAAGAAACAAAGGAGGAAGAAGAGAAGGAAGAAGAGGAGGAAGCAAAGGAAGAAGAAGAAGGGAAAGAGGAAGAGGAAGAGAAUGAAGGAGAGGAAGAAGCAAAAGAGGAGGAGGAAGAGGCCAAAGAGGAGGAGGAGGAGGAAGCAAAAGAGGAGGAGGAAGCCAAAGAGGAGGAGGAAGAAGCUGAAGAGGAGGAAGAGGCCAAAGUGGAGGAGAUAGAGACCAAAGAGGAGGAGGAGGAAGCAAAAGAGGAAGAGGGGGAAGCUGAGGAAGAGGAGGAAGCUGAGGAAGAGGAGGAAGCCAAAGAGGAGGAGGAAGAAGAAGGGAAGGAGGAAGAGGAAGAAGCAAAAGAUGAGGAAGAAGAAGCAAAAGAUGAGGAGGAGGAGGAAGGGAAGGAGGAAGUGGAAGAAGCAAAAGAGGAAGAAGAAGCCGAAGAGGAGGAGGAAGAAGCCAAAGAGGAGGAGGAAGAGGAAGCUCAAGAAAAGUCCAAAGGUGAAGAUGAAGGUGAAAAUGAAGCUGAAGAAACAGAUGAGCCAGAGGAUGAGGAAGUUGUGGCUGAUGAUGAGGCAGAGACAUCAGAAUGCAAAGGAGAUGCUGAGGGCUCUGGAACUGACAAAAAUCCUGAAGAAGAUGCUGCAGAAGAGAACGAAGAAGCUGAGCAAGAUGAAGCUGAGGCAGAAGAAGAUGCAAAACCAGAGUCCGGAGAUGAGGCUGAGGAGAAAAACAGUGAAGGAGGCGAGAAACCUGAUGAGAAUGUUGAGGAACCCACCGGUGAUGACCCUGAGAAGGCACAUGAAAAACGUGAAGAUCAAGGCAACAACAAAGUUUCUGAGAAAGCCUCAAAGACCAAAGGCAAGAAAACCAGCAAGAGGUUAGAGACUCUGAAAAAAUCCACAGCCUUUUCUUGUUAUUCUUCUGUGGGAAACUUCUCACAGCAAUCCCAGAAGGGGUCUGAUGAUGAAGAGGAAAGAGCAGAUGAAGAGGAAGGAGUAGUUAAAGAGGAAGGAAUAGCUGAAGAGGAAGUAGCAGUUGAAGAGGAAUGCAAAGGUGAUGAUAGCCCCACUAGCGACCACCCCAAUGGAGAGGUUCGAAGUGAUGAGAGCUCCAAACCCUCCCAGAUGUAUCCUGACAGUGAGGAAGAGGAAGAGGACAAAGAAUCUUCAGGUUCUGAUCCUGUGGGAGAUGAGGAGCAGCCAGAAGCUGAAGGUGCAGAUCCAAAGGAGGCUGAAAACACAGAGGAAGUUCAGGCUUCUAAAAAGAAAGAAAACUCAGAUGAGAUUGACCAGGAUGACCUGGACUUCUAG